CUGCUGAUCGUCUACCCCUGGACCCAGAGGUUCUUCUCUUCCUUCGGGAACCUGUCCAGUCCCACGGCCAUCAUUGGCAACCCCAAGGUCCGUGCCCACGGCAAGAAGGUGCUCACCUCCUUCGGGGAGGCCGUCAAGAACCUGGACAACAUCAAGGCGACCUACUCCAAGCUGUCGGAGCUGCACUGUGAGAAGCUGCACGUGGACCCCGAGAACUUCAGGGUCUUGGGAGAUCUGAAGGAGAUCUGGUUGGCCGGGCAUUCCCCCCCCGCCUGCCAGUUCGCCUGGCAGAAGCUGGUGGGUGUUGUGGCUCAUGCUCUGGCCCGCAAGUACCACUGA